AGAGGGAGGGGGAGAGAGAAAGAAGGAGAGGGAAAGAGAGAGAGGUGGGGAGUGCUUUCUGCUUUGCACAGCGGACUCUUUUCCUUCUCUCUCACACAGAGUGCUGAACCCACAAGCGGCAGGUGUGUGCACCGACCGAGGCUUUCCUCACUUUGACCACGUCUGGGACCAAAUCUGGAUACAAAACCGAGCCGAUAAGUCACACUGAUUCGGCUGCCUACGGCUACAUCUCUGGUUGUGAGGAUGUUGCAGUGAUAAGACAGCAGAGCAUCUCCUUAUCGCACUCAGCCGGCAUCGUCAGCUGUUGCUCUAGCAGAGAGUGGAAGAGUCAGGAGCAACAGAAAAGGCCAAACUAUGGGACUGACUUUCUACCGGUAACCGUUUUCCACCUUUUAGCCGACCGGGGAGCGGAUGCGAGCAGAGGUUGCCAACGAGCCUCUGACUAUUUUCUGCGCUUUGUCGGUGCUGGAGGAGCUGUGCCAAUGGAGAAAGCGACUCCGCCGCCCCAGCCCCAGCUUCAGCUGUCGAUAGCGAAGACUGAAAGUCCAGCAGAGGACAUAUCCGGCCUGACUGAUGAGGAACUGCUCAAGUGGACCAAGGAGGAUCUGGUGCGGCGGCUGAGGAGGUCCGAGGCCGACAAGAUGAGCGUGAUUCUGGACCACGGGAAUCUCAUCCGAGAGGUCAAUCGCAGCCUCCAGCUGCAUUUGAACGAGAUCAGGGGGCUGAAGGAUAUUAAUCAGAAACUGCAAGAGGACAACCGUGAGCUGAGGGACUUGUGCUGCUUCCUGGAUGAUGACCGCCAGAAAGGCAAGCGUGUAUCCAGGGAGUGGCAGCGCUUGGGACGUUACAGUGCCAGCAUCAUGCGUAAAGAGGUGACCCUCUACCUUCAGAAACUCAAGGAGCUGGAGCUUCGACAGGAGGAGGUAAUCCGAGAGAACAUGGAGCUGAAGGAGCUCUGCCUGCUACUGGACGAGGAAAAGGGGGUGGUAGGUGGAGGAGGUGGCAGUGGCGGAAGUGGAGGGGGAGGGGGUGUAGGCAUGGGAGGGUGCCGUAAUUCCAUAGACAGCCAGAAUAGUUUUCUGCUGGUACCUGGGCAUGGGCUCCUGAUGAGGGACGUGGGGGACGGGAGUAGCACCUCCAGCGCAGGGAGCGCAGACAGCUCCGAUCACCCUCACCAUAAGCAGCCUCACCUGACCCCAGGGGUGGGUGGAGUUGGUAUUGGUGGGGAAAAGGGAAGCCCUGAGCUUGUGCACAAACCUAGGUGUAGCAGCAUCAGUGGGAUAGGAGGUGGAAGUGGAGGAGACAGGGAUGUGUCUAGCCCCGAGCAUCCUGCUGGGCGCCACCGGAGUACAAGCCUGGAGUACCCAUACACCCUGCCCCAGCUCUGCCGGCCCCGAUGCGGCUCCAUAUCUGUGCCUGACCACAGCCGAGUCAUGAGGGGCCUCAGCCCGGAAAAAUACGGGAGGAACGUAGGCAUACGCAGUCCAGAGCAGCAACCCAAACACCACAGCUCUGAUAUUGUGUUGGGUCAGAGGCAGCACUUCCUGGGUCAGGGAGACAGUGGGGAGCUCUAUCACAGGCACCACAGAAGCAGCAUUAGCAGUACUGGCUGUGGGAGCCCUGAGCCCCGGCUGGUGCAUUUAGGGACCACUGAGCACCUUGAAAAGGGCUGCGUGGUACAGGGGGGCAGCCCCGAAACUCAUAGGCACCAGUACAGUGUGAGUCCCGACCAUGUGAAGUUCGGCAGCCCUGUGAGAGAGGGGCAGAGGAGGCCGACUGGAGACGAGCUGUCGCCACAUCAUCGGAGCAUCUACAAUGGAAUGAAUGCUUUGAUAUCAGCUGGCUGCUGCACCAACAACUGUAGAAAUGUCAAGCUAUGGGACAGCUUUGAUGCCUCCUCUUGACCCCAACUUGACCAAUUAGGCUCUUCAAAUGGAGGGAGGAUUGCAGUGGCAAAGCCCUCCUGCAUCUCUGGCCUUGAUAGACACGAGAGCCUCUGGACACCACCUUCCACUAUUCCGGAUGGUGCGUCGUCUACGGCCUCAUCCGUGCGACUGUGUCCACAGCCCUGAAACAGCCUGCCUCCAUGUUUUCAUUUCUACGUAUCGAGAGUUUAAGAAAGGGGGGGUGGGGGGAGUUUUAGGGGGAAAGCUUUUAGUACGGUUGGUAAAACUUGUGAAGACAGCUCAGCUAAAUGGAUUAGAGUGGCUAUCUCUCUAACAGUGACACGGCUACCUCCCAGAGAGCACCCAGACGGAGGGAGGGAUGCUUCGGAUUGGUGAGAGAAGAUAAGGGGAGAGGACUCUGCACUGUCUGUGCCACAACCCCUGUGUUUACAAAUGCAGAUCAUUGGUGGAGAAGCACAUAAAGUAAACUUUCUACACCCUGCUGUUCUUAGUUAUUUUCCUGCACUCGCCCCUCUUUCUCCUGUCUUCCUCCUUGUUCUUCCAUUUAUCUCCCUCCUCUCCUACAUCUCCUGAUAUCCAUCAUCUUCAAUGUGUAUAAUGAGACUGGUGUAAUCUAAUGUUCUGUCUCUCAGUCUUCAAAUCCAUCCAGUCUCUUGAUAGCCAUUGUCUUCAAUUUUUUCAACCAUUUCAACUGAAUUUAAAAACAAAACAAAAAACAUAUUUGUCAAAGAUGUUCUAGCAAAAGGAAAAAAAAAAUUCUCUUCCUGUGUCUUAAACCAAGAUGGUCAUUACUAGCUGCUGACAGAUGUUCUAGUUCUAUAAGAUGCAAUGUUCAGGUGUAAUUUUUCUUUUUUGUAUUAUCUUCUUUGCUCCCUUAAAGCGCCUAUAUUCAAGCUGGGGAUAAGGUAUACGUUUCUCCAUGUUGUUUUUUUUACGAGGAAGUUAAAAGUAGAUUAUUGGAUUAGUUUUCUAUAUAUCUAUAAAUAUAAAUAUAAUAUGAUUAUUAUUUUUGACUUACUGGUAUUAGAACUAUUAUAUGAAGAUGCAUAUGAUAUAUAUCAAAUAAUAA